GGAAAUAGUCCCAGUAUGACUUAGUGAGAAGUGACAUUUGUAAUAUGAUGUCGUGAUAUGCCUCCUAAAAGUUAACAGCGACCAAACUGAUAUAAUUCAGGCGGAUAAAUAGAAUUGUUGUUAGCUUAUACAUGAUUUUAGGAAUCACCUUUCCUGAAAUAUCCAAAAAGUCUAUUUUUGCAAAUAUAACAACAAACACAGACGAAACUCAUAUCCAAAUUACAGAUCAUAAAAUUGUGCCAUGCAUCCAUGCAACUAAAUCUCAAACGGCAAACAACUCACAAAGCUGUUGUCCACAACAGUAUUUGGAGCAGAAUAACAAAAGUGAGACGAGUAGUAAUAUCAGUUUGGACGAAAUUUAUCCUUAUGCCGUUUCAAGACGACCAAGUGUACGCGAUAUUUUACGCCGAAAAGUCAAAGUUUCUGAUCAUCAUCACCAUCAUGAAGAUGUAAAUGUCAGUAAACAGCAGCAACAACCACAGCAAAAAUAUGAUUUCAAUGAAGGUCAACUUGUUCACUAUCCGAAAGAGUGUCCACGUUUAUUUGGUGGAUCUCCCAAUUACUGUGCUGUUAACAACAUUCCUGAAAAUAUGAGGACCAACUUUUACAUAUCAGAUGAUCACUUCAAUUGUUAUCAGUCAAAUUUAUGCAUGAAUCGUACAGAUUAUAUAUUCUAUGAAAAUAAUUUGAAUAUGGGUGUUGUAGCACCGCCAAAUUUAAAUCCAUUUACAUCGUAACGUAUAAUUAGUUACUUGUAUGCAAACCGGUUAUUAUCAACAUAAUGCUGCACUAUUUUUAGACUGACGAGUUAAAAAAGUCACAUUUUUCUUACUACUGUGUGGUUAUUAUCACUAUUCCUUCUAUUGGUUUGUAUUGGAAAAGGUAGUGCGGAAUGGUACACCUGUCAUUAACACUGCUACUACUAAUAAUCAUUAAAAUAGUAGCAUAUUUGGUUUAUGUGAAUUAUUUAUCUUAAUCAGUCAUUUGUCGCUGACGUAACAAGGGCAACCAUGGUGAACAUUUAAAAUUCACUUUCCACUACAUCUUCAAAGGUACUUUCUUCGUAUAUAUAGUUUGCCUAUUUCAUUAGAUAAGGUUGUUUCUAUUUGUAUAUUAUCCAGACAGAGAGAGGGGGAGUCGGCGGUUCAGAGAAGAUGAAGUGAAAUGUGACCCACACCUAAUAUUCAAUAACCGCAAAAACCUGAUUUUGUUUCCUUUCAUGACAUUAACUACUUUUUGUAAUGUCAAUAAUUUGAAAAAAAAAGUAAAAUUUUAAAGUAGAUAUCAUUCUUACUAAGAUUACAUUUAUAAUUGUCAUGAUUAUUAUUAUUGACAGCCAAAAUGAUCAUUUUUCCAGAAUGCAAAGUAAAAUUUUAUUCCAUUUUUAGGGAAGUGUAUGACACACACAUACACAUACACACACAUACACACACAAGAACAUACAUAUAAAUGAAACUUAUUUUGAAUAAUACUACUUAUAUUUUGUUUUGUUAACUUACUUAAAUUUAAGAUAUACUUAUGAUUAUCAAUCAGAGUUUUGAUUAUAUAUCUUUAUUUUAGAAGGCGACUGGUUGUGGUGGUGUUGGGGAGGUGUUGGGAUUAUAUACAGUUACAAAGUGAAUUGUCUACUGUGAUAUUGAGUACUAGUAGAAAUGUAUUAAAUUGCAUGAGAUUUUCAAAAAUAAAUUCUUCUGUCC